CGAUAUAUAUAUAUAUAUAUAUAUAUAUAUAUAUAUAUAUUCAGCACCCAGAAAUCAUCCAUCACCUGUGAAUACAAAUCAAGAUGUACACUAACUUCCUCUUGCUCCUUAUGCUUUGCAUUUUUUAUGCAAUUUGGGUAAAUGGGCAGCAACAAACAGGCUAUAUAAGCAUUGACUGUGGUGCAACUGAGAACUUCAACUAUGUCGAUACGGAUACCGGCAUAAGUUAUACUUCUGAUGGAUUUUAUGUUGAUUCUGGGAUGAACAAGAACAUAUCAUCUGAAUAUGCUUAUCCGAAUAAUCCUAACCUACCACUCCCACUUUCCGAUCUUCGAAGUUUUCCUUCAGGAAACAAGAACUGUUACACCCUAACAACUUCAGCUGGAAUUGGUAGUUUAAAUUUGAUUAGGGCUUCCUUCUUGUAUGGAAACUAUGAUGGAGAAAACAAAUUACCGGAUUUCGAUCUCUACGUUGAUGUCAAUCUCUGGACUUCAGUGAAAUUCAACAAUGCUUCUCAUGUUGUAACAACAGAGAUUAUAAGUACAGCGUCUUCGAAUGCUACGCAUGUUUGCCUUCUGAAUAAAGGCUUAGGAACUCCAUUUAUAUCAGCAUUGGAGCUUAGGCCACUAAAUAGUUCAAUUUAUGGUACUGAGUAUUCGGAUUCUGCUUCAUUAGUCCUAUUCAAGAGAUGGGAUAUUGGAUCAACGAAUGGUACUGGUCGAUACAGCGAUGAUCCUUACGAUCGUAUUUGGUCCUCCUACUCGUCCCCUUCAUGGAAUCAAAUUAGUACUUCUUUGGCAAUCAAUGGCAAUGACAAUGGUUACAAAGCUCCCUUUGAAGUCAUCAGGACUGCUGCUAGGCCACUAAACGACAGCAAUCCUAUGGAACUGUCCUGGGAUGCAGGCGAUCAAGAUUCUCAAUUUUACAUUUACAUGUAUUUUGCUGAAGUGGAGCAGCUUCAGAGAAACCAGACAAGAAAAUUUAGCAUAUCCUGGAAUGGAUCUCCGGUUAUUGCAAACUUUACUCCUCGGUACCUAUAUGCAGCAACAACUUCCAAUUCAAGAUCCAUGGAUGGAAAAGAACAUACGAUUUUGAUUCAGAAAACCGAGGAUUCUACCCUUCCUCCCAUCCUCAAUGCUGUUGAGAUUUUCAUGGUGAAACUGCAUACUGAAUUGCCAACUUACAGCAUAGAUGUUGAUGCAAUCAUGAAUGUGAAGGCAACAUAUCAAGUAAACAAAACUUGGGCAGGCGAUCCCUGCACCCCUAUGAACUACUCGUGGGAUGGUCUUCGAUGCUACUACAACGAUUCACUUCCUCCUCGAAUUAUUGCUAUGAAUCUGAGUUCAAGUCAUUUGAGUGGUACAAUCACUGCUUCCCUUGCUAGGCUAUCAUUGUUGGAAUCAUUAGAUCUAUCCAACAAUAACUUAACCGGACAAGUACCCGAGUUUCUGAAAGAACUCAAAUCUCUGAACUUCUUGAAUUUGAAAGGCAACCGGCUGUCUGGUUUCGUGCCAAAAGAACUCCUAGAAAGAUCAGAAACCGGACAACUGAAAUUAAGUGUCGAUGAGCAGAAUAUUUGCGGCUCAAGUUCGUGCAAGAAGAAGAAUAAAAUUGUUGUGCCAAUAGCUGUUUCAGUUUCGGUGGCAGCAGUCCUCCUGAUUGCUUUCCUUGCUUUAUGGUAUAUGAGAAGAAAAAGAAGAGAAGAAGUAUCAAAGCAAGAAGGACAAUCCAUAGCGUCAAAGAACCAAAGGUUCACUUAUCCUGAAAUUUUAAGCAUGACCAAUAACUUCCAGACUGUCCUUGGCAAGGGAGGAUUUGGAACUGUCUACCUUGGUUACCUCAAAGACGGUGCCCAAGUUGCAGUCAAGAUGCUAUCUCCAUCAUCAUCUCAGGGACCUGCAGAGUUCCGAAAUGAGGCUGAACUGCUGAUGAGAGUCCACCAUAGGAACUUGGCCUCCUUUGUUGGAUAUUGCAAUGACAAUAACAACUUGGCACUCCUAUAUGAGUACAUGGCGAACGGCAACCUAAAGGACUAUCUCUCUGCUACAAACUUGAGUUGGGAGAUGAGACUCCGCGCUGCAAUUGAUGCUGCACAAGGACUGGAGUACUUGCAUCAUGGAUGCAAGCCACCAAUAGUACACAGAGAUGUGAAGACAGCCAACAUUUUAUUAAGUGAAAACCUGGAUGCAAAAUUAGCAGACUUUGGCCUUUCCAAGGCCUUUCCUACUGAUGACCAGAGUCAUGUCACAACCGGAGUCAUCGGCACGACAGGAUACCUUGAUCCAGAAUACUACAACACUCAUAAGCUGACAGAGAAAAGUGAUGUUUAUAGUUUUGGGAUUGUUCUGCUAGAACUGAUCACAGGCCAACCUGCAGUAAUCAAAGGUGAUGACUACAUCCACAUAACUCUGUGGGUCGAACCGAUGCUGGAGAGCGGGAACAUAGAGAGACUAAUUGAUCAAAGAUUGCGAGGAGAUUUCGAUGUGAAUUCGGUGUGGAAAGCUUUGGAGGUAGCAGUUUCUUGCAUCAAACGUCACCCAUUUUACAGAGCUGCUAUGAGCAGUGUUUUGGCUGAGCUUAAACAGUGUUUAACAAUGGAGUUGCAAAGGGUUAGGGAAAGAAGUAGUAGUACUCAAGAAUCAAGGGAGGAGAUUUACAUUAAUAGAUCAGAAAAUCCACCUGAAUUGUAUUCCAUGGAUGAUGAUCUCAUGACUGGUCCUUUGGCUAGGUAAUUUCAAUUCAAUGAAAGCCUUGUUGGUCUGUGUGAAUAUUCUUGUUUUGUGUGGCUUGAGUGACAAACAAUAUAGAACUACAACAUUUUAUGUAACUUCUACUUGUAAUAAACUCUUUUUCCUAUUAUUUCUUGUUCAGAGACAACUACUACUAUUACUCAA